CGGGGAUAGAUGAUGAUUGAUUGAAUGACUAACCUAUCAAUGCUCUAACACAUUGCUAUUCAUAUCUGGGAUUCCCUAUCGACGCAAGUUUCACCUUUGAAGCUUUGCUCCUGUCAACUAUGAGAGGGUACCCACAGGUGCAGCGUUGUAUUGCUGUGCAGUGAUGAUGAUUGUACAACAAGCAUGACAGUUGCCACCAUGCGUCAGAAGGAUCAACAACCGAAGAAGGCAAGCACGCUCGACAAUUAAGCCAGUGAUUGAAGGCGCGUCGUACUAGACUUUUACAUCCGUGUCAGCUGCAGCCGGCGUGGUAGGUGUCCCAACGCCAGCGAACAUCUUUCGCCGUUGGAGAGGAACCUGCAGACUUGCAUGCCGUACCCUUGACACAGCACCUGGUUCUGCGGCAUUGCUGAUAAGCGGUUGUUGAGGUGCAGUCACUCCAUUGUGCCAGCUGUGUGUACUCGUAUGAUCGCACCAGCUGUGCCAGAUAGCACAUCAACGUUCGGCGCAGUGUUGCCGUCUCGUUGGCACAACUCGGAAUCGCACCCAUGUCAUGGCGUGAAGUGCUGCACAACAUGCAUGAUCAUGCAAGCCAAGCUAUGCUAUGCGCCUAGUCAGCAAGCAUGUGAUCAUACUCCCUCGCGCCAUGGCAUGGUUGGAGUGCGCCAAUUUACAGCCAAGCUUGCCAGCUCUUACACAAGUGGGCCACGCAAAGAGUAUCCUUACUCGUCGUUGGUCUCUCCAGACUGCGGAUGCUGGGGUUCGUAACGUGCAUACAGACGCACCAAUUACGUGGUCGCCUGUAGCGUUGGGGACCGCAUAUGCUGGUGGAGGAAGAGUGGAGCCAGUGAGGUGAACUGCGGUGGAGUAUGUCCACAGCGAACAGGUAGUAUGCUGUUGGAGGGCGAGAGGAAGUCAGUCUCGCAGCACACCUCAGGCAUACGUCUGCCAUGCGUUGUCAAUACACGCAUCUGAUAAUGAAAAGGUUAAGAAACUUGGGAUGAGAGCACGUUUAUGUCAGCUUUGCCUUUCGGAGCAAUGAUACC